AUAUGGAAUAUAAGAUCUCUUUAAUUUUCCUAUAAAUAUUACAGCUAAUAGUUAAAUUGACUUCUACAGUUUAAUCAAAAUGUGCGGUAAAGCAGUUAUUCAAGUCUGGUUGCUUGUACAAGUUUUCACAAACGCACAAUUUUUACCUGAGGAUGAAGUUGUGUUUCCCAAGCGCCACCAUAAUUCACGUUUAGAAAAUGACCUAGGCACAUCAAAUCAGCAUGGAAUUCAUGACGAUUAUGUCACCUAUGAAAUUAAAUCAAAAAGAGACCAUCAUUUUUUGGAUUUAAAAAAGGCUGAAAAAAUACACCCAGGAUUUAUAUGGGUUCGUUCUUUUGAAGAUGGUAAAGAAGUUACAAAAAAGCAUUAUCCAGAGCAUUGUUAUUAUGAAGGAAGCGUUCGAGGAAUCAAAGAUUCAUAUGCCUUUAUCAGUACAUGUAGUGGUGGAUUAUCAGGAACAAUUGAUGAUGGAAAAACACGAUAUGACAUAUCACCCAAGUUUGAUGGAACUGGACAUAAUUUUCGCAACGUUAACCAUCUUGCAGAGAUGAUUUUUAAUGAACCAAUUAAAUCUUCUGUUAAUGACAUGAAUAAGCAAAAAUUAAAGAAUGUGGAGAUAAAAAAAAAAAGUAUUAAACCCUUAGAUGAUACAGAUGAAAUAUUGAAUUUUGAGCCUCAAUAUAAACAAUACAUUCGCAGAAAAGAAACAUACUAUGCUAAAAUGUUUCUUAGUUGUGAAGAAGAUUUGCUACGAAAAUAUAACUACAAUGAAUCUUUAUUGAUUGAGCGCAUCCUCAAUGUGUAUGCUCAAGUUGAUAAGUCUUAUCAAGCCAUUAACGUGCGUCUAGUAGUUGUUGGCAUUGAUUUCCUAAAAAAUUUUAUCGCAAAAAGUCAUUUGGAUCAUUUAAAACAAUUUAUGGAUUAUGUCAACUUUAAAAUCAAAAAAAAAUCUCCUUAUAAAGAAAAUAUUGAUUUUGAUAGUGCUGGGCUUUUGAUUGAUAAAUACUGGAAGGAUGCUCGUGGCUUAGCAUAUUUAGGAGGAAUAUGCUCAUAUAAAUCAGUAUACUUUGCUCAAUGGUACUAUGAAAGCAUAAGCGAAACAACUAUUUUAAUUGGUCAUGAAUUUGGGCAUACUAUGGGAUUUGAACAUGAUAGAGAACAUGAAUAUUGUGAGUGUUUAACACCCCGAGGAUGUUUUAUGGGAGAAAAAGGCACCAGAACAAUCAGAUCUGGUUUCUCUACCUGUAAUAUGAAAGAGUAUAUGAAAAUGAAUUAUAGUUGUCUUGAAGAUGCUCCUACAUAUGCAAUAAGAAAAGUAUGUGGCAAUGGAAUUCGAGAAGAAGGUGAAGAAUGCGAUUGUGGAACAUUAGAGAUGUGUAAAAAAAAGGGUGAUUAUUGUUGCGAGCCACAUAACUGUGUUUUGAAAGCCAGCGCACAAUGCAGUUAUUUAGAUAAUCCUAAAUGCUGUCGAUCAUCCUGUUUGUACAGAAAACAAGGAACUUUAUGUAGGGAAGCAGCCAAUGAAUGUGAUUUACCAGAGUACUGUGAAGGAGACAAAGCAACUUGUCCAAAAGAUAGAUACCUUCGUAAUGGAUAUUCUUGCCAAUCAACAAAGUUUUGCUUUGAUAAAAAAUGCAAGUCUGGUGCAAAACAGAGUUUUAAAAAAUGUCCGAUAAUAAACAAUAAAGAGUGUGCAGGAAAUGGGGUUUGUGCAUCAGAUAACUCUUGUGUUUGCAACAUUGGAUAUGACAAUGCUGACAACUGUCAAUCAGAGUUAACAGCCAUUGAUGGUUCGUGGAGCAAUUGGUCAGCUUUUACAAAGUGUUCCAAAGGUUGUGGUGGAGGUAUUCAACAAAGAUAUCGUUUUUGCACCAAUCCUGUACCCCAAAAUAAUGGAAACGACUGUAUCGGAAAAUCUAUUGAAGAGGUAUCCUGUAAUAGUGAAUCUUGUCCAGUUGCAGAAUCUUGUCUGGCGGUUAAAAGACUUUUAGAAAAACAAGGACAACCAUUGUAUGAUGGCAUUUACACAAUUGAACCAAAUUCUGAACGUGCAUUAGAGGUUUAUUGUGAUAUGACACGUGAUGGUGGAGGCUGGACACUUAUAGUAUCUUCACAUUCGAAUACUUGGAAUAGUGAAAAUGUAUGGAAAAGAAAUUAUUAUGAACCAGAUCUUUAUAACGACUACUCAAUAUUUAAGUAUGCCAAUGAAUUAAAGGAUGGCUACAAAAUCAAAGCAGAUAAAUUUAUGUAUAGGUUAGAAGCUGACGAACUAGGUCGAUGGGGAGGAAUAUUUUCUGCACCUGUGGAGUAUGACCUAUCUUCUACUAAUGCUAAACAAACUGAUGUGAGUAUUGUUAAAAAGUUUGAUGAAUGGGAGUUUGGUAGUAAAAGUAUUGGUCAACGGCUUCCAUAUGUUUCUGGUUCUCUUAUAACUACAGCUGAACAUAUUUCAUCAAAGCAUGAAAUAUGGGGUUCACUUACUAAUAAUAAAGGUAGUAUUUAUUUAUCAACCUGGAUAUAUGCAGAUGUUUAUGGUAAAAAGAUUGGUUGGGAUGGAAAAGAUGAUUGGGAUGGAAACGCCAAAAUGGAUUUUCCACAACAUGCUUGGUAUUGGAUACGAGAAAAUACCGAUUUGCCUCAGAAACGUGAAGUUUUGCACAAGGCAUAGAAUAUUAGGACAAUCCAGAUAUCAAACUCGAAUUUUUGUUUCUCGUGCGUUUUUUUAUUGCUAAGCAAAAGAUCAUCACUAAUUCAAAAAAAUCAAGAAAACAAAGAACUAUACUUAAAUGAUUUUUUUUUUAUAUAAAAGUUGUGAGCUUUUCUUAUAAAAUAGUGGAAACUUUUUCUUUUAAUCGUUGAUUUUUUACCACUUGUCGGUGUUUUUAAUAAUAUUACUUAUUAGCAAAUAUUGUCUUAUAGAAUUUUGCUGAAAAUACUUUCAACAAUUAUUUUAAAAGAUUACAUUCUCCAAUCUUCUCAAUCCUUAUUUCGUUAAUUUAUUUAUUUUUAACGUAUCUCGUUUUUGAUCUGAAAAUGACAAAGCGAAUACAACUGAAAUUUUACUUAGAACUUCUGCAUUACUAAAAUUUAAAAUUUAAUUUCUAAUUAAUGCUAGUUCUUAUGCUCCAGUGCAACUUUCUAAUUACGUGUUUACAACUUUAAAUGUACCAACAUGUAGUAAUAUAUGCAUUUAUACCAUGUACUUUUUAUGUAGCAACAUGUAGCGACGAAGUUUUUAUAAGACCACUAGAUUUCAAAUAGAAACGCAUUCUUUUUAA